AUGUUACUUCAGUCAACCGUAUUAGAUAGUGAAAAUUUUUAUCAAAUGGUAAAUGAUAAUUUUGGUCGAUCACCGUUACAUUAUGCUGCAUGUAUGGCAAAAUUGGAAUGCUGUGAGAUAUUGCUUGAUGAAAGACUUGGAUUACCGGUUGAUCAGAAGGAUCGGGAUGGACAUACACCAUUGAUGUGUGCUGCUGCCAGCUGUUAUCCCGAUGCACCAGAAGUGGUACGUUUACUUGGAAGUCGAAAGAUGAGUUCCGUAACAGCACGUGAUAAUGAUGGUCGUACGGCAAUGCAUCUUGCGGUAAUUGCACAAAAUACAAUUGUUGUUGACAUUUUGCUGAAUGUCUUGGAAUGUCCUUCAGAGACAUUUGAUAAUGAUGCUCGUACUCCGUUACAUUAUGCAGCAAAAAGUGGUUUUGAUGAAGUGGUCAAGAAAUUGUUAGCAGCAAAAGCUCGAAAUGCUACACGUGAUUGUUUCGGUAUUUCACCGGCACAUUAUGCUAUUCAGGGUGGUCAUCGUAGUGUUGUUGACCGAUUGAUGAUAUCUGCUGGUCGAAUGGUCAAUUCUUAUUAA